AUGGCCGGGGAACCGGCCCCCAGCCCCCUCCGGACUCGCCGCGGGCUCCGGGACUCGCCGGUGGCCGGGGGAGGAAGGGGACGGAGGGCAGACGACGGUGGCUUUGAGAGCGGCGCCUACAACAACUCGGCCAUCCGGACACCCAACCUGGACGCUCUGGCCCGGCGCAGCGUGAUCUUCCAAAACGCCUUCACCUCCGUCAGCAGCUGCUCCCCCAGCAGGGCCAGCAUCCUCACCGGCCUCCCCCAGCACCAGAACGGGAUGUACGGGCUGCACCAGGACGUCCAUCACUUCAACUCCUUCGACAGCGUGCGGAGCCUGCCCCGGCUGCUCAGCCACGCGCGCGUCCGGACAGGUAGGGAGCCCAGGGCAGGUUAGAAUGGGCAGGGAAACCCUCCCCAUCCAACCACCGAACCCUUCGGGUGGGAGAACUUGACAGCUCGCCUGGAGACAACACCGCCUGGACCCACCAUCCUGCUCUGUGCUGAGACCUGGGUCUUGCUUCACUUCCCCCACCGCUGCUCCUCUGCCACCCCCGUGACACCUCACCCUCACUUCCCUUCCCCAUCCCACUCCUUCCCACUUCCCAGCUUUGC